CCCAGUCAAAUAGCAUCCAUUCGUCACGUUCGAAUCAGCGUGGAGAGCGAAAGUUCGCUCGUUGUUUUUGUGGUCAAACUUCGCCCGGACACGCUCGGUCCUUCUCCGCGUUCGGUCGGCCAGCGUGUGCGGCGUCAUGGCGGGCAGCUGGUGGAGCAGCACGGCGGUGACCCACUGCCUGACGGCGCUCUUCGCCAUGGGAUCCUGGGUUUCCGUCAACAGUUUGUGGGUCCAACUCCCGGUGAUCGUCAGAGACCUGCCCGAAGGCUGGAAUUUGCCGGCCUAUCUCUCAGUCCUGAUAGCCUUCGGGAACCUGGGUCCAGUGGCGGUGACCAUCACCCACCACUGCGCGCCGGGCCGUCUCAACGAGCGCCUGGUCAUCCACUUCAUCCAGGGGCUGGCGGUGGUGGCGUCCGCCUUGCUGGCUAUCUUCUGGUGGCACAAGGUGGCGGUGGUCGGGCAGGAGAGGUCCGUGCCCUUCUUCUUCUUCACCUUCGUUCUGUCUCUGGUCUGCUGCACGUCCAACGUCACCUUCUUGCCGUUCAUGUUCCGCUACCCGCCGCAGUACAUCCGGACCUUCUUCAUCGGACAGGGCCUGAGCGCUCUGUUCCCGUGCGUGGUGGCUCUGGGGCAGGGCGUGGGCAAGCUGGAGUGUCGCAACGUCAACGGCACCGUGCAGCCGCAUUACCUCAAGGAGCAUUUCCCGGCGCAGAACUUCUUCUGGUUCUUGUUUGUCAUGCUGUGCGUUUCAGCGCUGAGCUUCCUGGCUCUGACGCGGCGUCCAACGCCUUCGCAUCAAGACCACGCCGCGUCCCCUCCGGUUAAGAACGAGGACGAGACUGACCCGCUGAGCAACGGCGGGUCGCAGGCGUCUGAUGAGCGGGCGCAGCUGGAGGACUCGGCUCCCGCUCAGACCUUUUGGACCGUGCACAACAUCUACCUGUUGGCGCUGCUGGCCGUCUCCAACGCCCUCACCAACGGGGUGCUGCCCUCCAUCCAGAGCUUCUCCUGCUUGCCGUACGGCGCCAUGACCUACCACCUCUCCGUGGUUCUCGGAAACAUCGCCAACCCUCUGGCCUGCUUCGUUGCCAUGUUUGUGAGCCUGAGGUCUUCGGCAGGUCUGGGUUUCUUGUCUUUGGCCGGCGGGGUCUUUGCUGCGUACCUCAUGGCUUUGGCCGUCCUCAGUCCAUGUCCCCCACUGCAGGGGAACUCUGCUGGGAUGGCGUUGGUGGUGAUCUCCUGGAUCGUCUUCACGGGCCUCUUCUCCUACCUGAAGGUGGUGAUCGGCACUUUGCUGCACGAGGCGGGUCACGCCGCCCUGCUGUGGUGCGGCAUCUCCAUCCAGGCGGGCUCCCUGGUGGGCGCCCUGGCCAUGUUCCCGCUGGUCAACGUCUACGCCCUCUUCACCCGGUCACAGGACUGCGUGAACAACUGUCCCAGAUAAGAACUUGUUUUGUUAUUUUAUUUUUAUUUUUAUUUUUAAAGGCUCCGAUGUAUAUUGGUGCAGGUCCUGAGGAGCUCCGGAAAAACAAUGAGAGCACUGUGUCGGUUCCCCGCCGACCGAGGGCCCGUACAUGCCGUACAACCACGCGAACAAACCUGUCCAUGUGAUGUUUUUUAUUUUUUACUCAGGGAAUUAAUCUUCCUCACUCAUCAAACUACAAUCUGCACUUUUUGCUUAAUACGUGUUAAUGUGGUAUUGAUGUUAACAGCUGUGAAUUGACGCAUGCACCCUUAAGUAAACAACAAUUAGGGGUGUCCUGAUUAGAUGCUGAUAACGGAUGUCGGUCCAAUAUCAUUAAAAAAAACAAGUGUGGGAUAAUACGUGUGUGCCUGCAUGCAGAAUGUGUGAUAUCAUGUCCGAUACAAGCGGUCCUGCAAUGUGUUUACUUGUGCAAAUGUCCUCCAAUAAGCACACUAUUUCCUCUAUUAGUCAAGUCAUUUACAAAAAGUAAACAUGAUUUUUGUUUUAAAAAUAAGGAAGCAUCAAUGUAAAUAAAAUAGUAAAAUCACAUUAAACACUUAAAAAGACCGUUUUUUUCGGACUAUAAGUUGCUCCGGAGUAUAAUGCAUAAUAAAGAAGGAAAAAAACAUAUAUAAGUCGCACUGGAGUAUAAGUCGCAUUUUUUGGGGAAAUGUAUUUGAUAAAAGCCAACACCAAGAAUAGACAUUUGAAAGGCAAUUUCAAAUGAAUAAAGAAUAGUGAACAACAGGCUGAAUAAGUGUACGUUAUAUGAGGCAUAAAUAACCAACUGAGAAGGUGCCUGGUAUGUUAACGUAACAUAUUAUGGAAAGAGUCAUUCAAAUAACUAUAACAUAUAGAACAUGCUAUACGUUUACCAAACAAUCUGUCACUCCUAAUCGCUAAAUCCCAUGAAAUCUUAUACGUCAAGUCUCUUACGUGAAUGAGAUAAAUAAUAUUAUUGGAUAUUUUACGCUAAUGUGUUAAUAAUUUCACACAUAAGUCGCUGCUGAGUAUAAGUCGCACCCCCGGCCAAACUAUGAAAAAAACUGCGACGUAUAGUCCGAAAAAUACGGUAAGCUCUUGAUAUGUAAGAAGUGCUUCAUAAAGUGUAAGAAAAUAGUGAAACAGAGAAAGCUGAGAAGAACCAUUUUAUGCAGGUUUAGUGACAGGAAGUUGCAGCUGUGCUCUAAAGGGUGAGCGGUCUUGCCUUGCGUCAUUUACAGACCACAUUGAUCUGACUACGGUCCCUUUUUUAAAAUUUUAUUCUGGCAACUGAGCUUCUUUUUAAAAAAAAUUUUUACAUUGUAGAAUUUGAUGGAUUUUUUUUUUUACUCUUCCCCUUUCCCCGAUAUCACCUUUUUCCCGCCUUUUUUAAGGAGCUCCGUAAGUGGCUGAUCUGUUGGCGGUCCUGUUCUUGUCUCCCUGUAAUGUAUGUCUGCUCUUAGUGGGACUGUGCCGAAAAUGUCAUUUCAGUUCUUAUAUGUUUUGUACAUGUUAAGAAUGGACAAUAAUAAAGCAUCCU